UCAAGUUGUCAAUCGAUAUAAUCAAUUUCAAAAUGAGCGGAUUUGGACGCGGCAAAGCUGGUGCAGGAAAGGCCAAGGCGAAGCCAAAGACGCGCUUAUCUCGAGCUGGACUUCACUUCCCAGUGGGACGCAUCCAAAGGUUUUUGAGAAAAGGCAAUUAUGCCGAGCGAGUUGGUGCUGGUGCCCCAGUUUACCUCGCCGCAACCCUCGAAUAUUUGUCCGCGGAAAUUCUGGAGUUGGCGGGAAAUGCAGCUCGAGACAACAAGAAAACGAGGAUAAUACCUCGCCACCUCCAGCUGGCCAUUCGCAACGACGAGGAACUCAACAAACUGCUUGCCGACGUGACGGUGUCCCAAGGAGGUGUUCUGCCCAAUGUACAAGCCGUACUUUUGCCAAAGAGAUCCGAGAAAAAAGAAUUGAAGGAAUAA